AUGGGGAUUUCGUUGAGGCGAAGAUGCUUCUCGAAUGCAAUCCUUGCCUCGCCAAGCACUCUACGUCUCUACCUUUCCGCUGAAGGACACAACAAGAUCGUUGAAGUGUUGCUUGAGAACAGAGCUGCUGUGAGGGGGGUUUACUCUAUUGCGGCCAUGUAUUCGAUUCAGGUUUCUCGAGUGGGUUUUGGGAUUUUGACAAUGUUGAGCCUUUGCCUAAAUUUGAGCUGA